AUGUGCUUGAGCGAACCGGGCCAUGGCACUAACCAUCUUGCAGUCGAGCCACUGGGACCACUGGGACCACUUGGGCCCAACUGGGCAAAGCACCGAGUCGAAGGGAUGGUCAAUACCAAGACCCGUCGGCCGAACGCGAUACCCCCAUAUUGUGUUGGCAGUACCAAGUACGCUGUACUGCGGAUCCCCUCCAGUGUACUCGAUCUAGAUCCCUCCGUCUCUUCCGCCUGUUCGGCGUCUUCUCCACCGUUUCACCCCAGGGACGCGCGCAUUAUCCACGACGAAUCGCGUCUGGCUCCCUCCUUGCUCCUGUCCUCUCCGUCAUCAGGAGACUCGAGCCUGUCGGCCGCUGGCUCGCCAUCCCACCGGCCCUCCCCGCGGAGUAUCACCCUUGAGCCGCCGCCGCUGCCAUUCCUCGCCGCCACCCAGCGUCGGCCCCAGGAAUCCCUGACCUCAUCCCCCGACAAUCGUAGGGCCGAAAGCAGCGUCUACUACACCACAGCCUGGGGGUCACCGUAUGCGGCACCCAGCACGCGUCGCCUGUCACUAACGCUCAGUCAAUACGCCGGCGCCACUCGUGAAUCACGCGAAAGCUCCCCGGGUUCCUCUAUUGCCAACCAGAUCGAGUUCCGUCGGGCGAGUGUCGCGCAGGAGCUGACCGGGAACCAGGCAUCCCAAUCGAUCCGCGACUUUACCCAGGAUUGGAUCAAUCAGUACCUGUCCGGUCAGACGAGAACCGAGCGGAGUAACUGGCUCAGCGACGACUCGGGCAGUGAAGCGCCAUCGUUUUUCACCGCGCAGAACCAGCUCGCGGACGAUCUGUCGGACGAUUGGCUCGGUCUCGAGGACAAUAUCCGCGACAACGAGCUUCUGAAAACACCGACCCUCUCGGACUUUGUUGGCCGAAGGACUGCCACGCGCACCAAAGUUAAGAAGACACAACACAAGCGAGCAGACACCUUGCGCCAGGAGGACUUCUGGGGAUUCGCCUACGACAAAGAAUCACCGAAGAACGUCAUGUCGGAUAUCAAUGAUUCACAGCUGCCCGUGGAGGCCACCUCGCCGGCCGAAAAGCCGCUGCCAGCACCGCCGGGAGACUUCGUGGAGGAAAUCACACCCGCCGAAGGCCCCGAGGGAUCAGCCAACCCGGAUGAUGCGAAGGAGCUGGCCUCUCAAAUCAACAGGGCGUCCCCCCAAACGCCGAGGCGAAAGAAGAAGAUCAUUUGGAAUCGGAAGACAUGCAUCAUCGACCUGCCCGUUGAUGACAAGCGAGGCACAGAAGAAUCUGGCUACCGACUUUUGACACGCGCCGAAGUUGAACAACAGUUAAAGAAAUGGGAGGAUGAUGGUUAUGAUGUGCGUGGGUUUACAGUCGGUGCAACCGAUGAUCCAUCUGCUCCAACUGAGCUGGGAGGGUUGAGCCGCCCUCUGUACCCCGAUCCUUACACACUGCAUGAAGAGACCAAGGGCCAAAAAGCCCACAUUUCCUUCCCCGACAAGGCUGUUUGGGAUGCCUAUGUUGCUGAUCUACAAGAAGAGAAGUUGCGAGCUCUCGGCGUGGUCUUUGAUGAACCUAAGCCCCAACCCUCGAUAUCACCAGCAUCGGCAGCCAUGCACCCAGGACAAUCACCCUUCCCUGGCCUGGUGGCCUCGCCGCCAAUCCCCACCGACUCAGCCAGCAGCAACCCACUUGCUCCCAUGCAUCCUUUUUCGCCGCACUUCGGUCAGUCGACAGCCACAACUAGUGGGGGUAUUGCGUCUCUGGCAUCCCCCGCGUCUCAGUUCAGCGUGCAGACUCCAUUUAUGGGCAUGGAGCAGAACCUGUUGACUGGCUAUCCAUUCCAAUUCCAGCCCACGCCUCCUGCCCAAGGCGCCAUGACCCCGCAGAGCUUGAUCAAUAUUCGUCAAGCCAGUGGAUCUGCCGGACCAGGGCCCCUGUCCAACUUCAACUCAAUGCUCUCGCCAGUCUCGCCGAUGCACGACCAGACUUUCCAUGCCGGAUUCAAUGAUAGUAAGGAUGGAUUUGAUGACCGAUUUAUCAAUGUGGGUCACGAAGAGCCGCCGUACCCGACUCCACAGACCCCCGUUCAUGAGCCGGAUCAUUUCCACGCCUCGAAUGUCGAAAUCGCCCACCCGACUCCUCGUGGCCAUGGUCACAAUCUGAGCGAGACUCUCCAGCGAGGCCUCGACCAAAUGAACAAUAGCCAUUACCAUAUGGACGACACGAUCGAGCAACAGUUACAUGAAGAUCAUGAUGCUACACACCACGUACUCAAUGCCGGUGUGCUCCAGUCUCACUGGGCCUUGCCCGGACAUGAUCAACAGCAUCAUGCCCAGCACAUUUCUCGCCAGGCCUCGCAUUCCUUUUCUCAGCAACCUCACCAAUUCUAUAACGAACAGCUCAUGCAGCACAACCCUCAUGAGGGCUCGGACUUGGAUACAAACCCCAGUCUUGCUGGUACACCGCACGUCCGCGGUGUCGUCCCAGACCAAGGUCCCUGGCAUGAGCCGAAGGCUAGCCAUCACUCGAAGCUCUCGAUUUCAUCGCUCAAUGUCGAGGCUAAGGAGUUUGACCCAACAGCUUCCUUCAAUUCCCAGCCUUCCUCGUUCACAAACAGCGGGUUCCAGCCUGGGGGCAUGGGCCAGCAAGGAUUCGGAUUUGCCCCAGCUCCCCCAUUUGUUCCGCCAGGCAUGAUGAACGGAUCGAUCAAUCCCAAACCAGAACCCAGGCGCAGCUCUUUCAAGUUCUCAGCUGCUUCAUUCAACGUGGACGCUCCUGUUUUCAACCCAUCCGCUAGUCUUAACUCCAAUGCUAGCUCCGAACAGCUUCCAGGCAAUCGGGCCAAAAUUUUUGGUGAUAUUGACCUGGCUGAAAUUUCCAAGCCGCCCAAGCAAUCCAAGGCAAUUCCUAUCGUGCGCCCCGAUGAGACUGAGCCAUCUCAAGAUGAUCAUCAGGAAACCAUUGACAACGAAAAUGGCCGCCCAGUUCCCACUGACCGCCACAAGCGUGCGCGUCGUGGCAUUGGUCAUGCUGAAGGCGAGGCUCGCUACAGCAUUUCCUCCCAUCCCUUGGGUGAGGCUGGCAACGUGCAGACAUCAAGCAAUCUCCACGCUUUGGCCGAGGGUAAGGAGAAUGCUCUGCCUGAGGUUGAUAAGCUUAUUGAACGCAAGGGUACUCCCAUGAGCGAAGCCACUACCUGGACCCUCUUUGAUGCGAAGAAUGAGGGCGAGGCAGCUCGAUCUCACACCUCCUCGCCGGCCCAAAUUGAAGACACUGCAGAGGUUCAAGAACAGCCUCUCCAGGAGGCACAGGCAGAUCCUGAGGAGCCUACACGGGACGCUGUUCCUGCCCGCCAUGUAUCUCAGGAAUCCCAGAGUUCCUUGAAGAAUACCAUGCUGUCGCCCACCGCUAAGUCGUUCGAGUUCAAACCUGCUGUUUCCGAGUUUGUUCCAGCCAGUCUGCCACCCUCUAGCUUCGGGGAGUCAGACCCUCCUAAGGUUGAGUCCACAGAACCGAAACCGGUGGAGACGAGGAGGUCUGGUCUCAUGGCUUCUCGCUUUGCAAUGGCCAGCCCGCCCAAACCCGAACCAGCUUCUGUCGAGAAGAGCGUGCAAGAACAAACCCCACAGCACUUUGUUCCUCAAGCGGACUUGUCGCGCUGGCAAGAAUCUGCGGAAGAAUCACCCGAUGACGAGGAGCUCAACGCCAUCAUGGAGCAACUCAACGAUGACUCGGAUGUGGGCAUUGAGCGACAGCACACUCCCCUUCCUCCGCAAUUUAUUACGAGCUCCGCUCCCACGAAGGAACAACGGUUUGGCUCCGUUGAGGCUAGAAGCGAAGCGCCCAGCCCAAGUCCUGGCGGCGGCCAGAAGACUUAUAAACUCGACAUUCCCAGACUUGGGUCCGAUAUCGACGCCAACAGUAAUGCUACAUUCUCGCCCCAGAAGAGCCUUAUAUCUCGAAUUCAGUCACCUGUUCGUCAGCUGAUCACAGAGAACGACCAUGUCAGCGAUUGGGAUGAUAUGAUCUCAUCCGGGGAAGAUGAAAAGUUUUUCAAUCGUAACCGAUUCUUCGACCGUCGCAUCAAUGAUCUCGUUGGCUCUGCGAUUGACGACCGACUGGGCCCCAUGGAACGUGCUUUGGCUGUCAUCCAGACCUCUGUGGCAUCUAUUGCUUCUGGCACCGCCAGCAGACGGGCUUUCCACAGUCCGUCUGAAAUUGAUGACAGCGACGCAGAUGAUGAGGACGAUGGCGAGGACCAUGAGAGAUCUGUUCGCGACCGAUCACCUGCCCACAUGCGGGAUCGUAAGCUAGACAUGCUGAAGAGUGUCGUGAUGGAAGCUUUGGUCACACACGACUUGCCCAACCGCGGUAACCAGCAUUCGAGUCACAGUGAAAUGGCCCAGCUGAAAGAGAGUAUCGCCGAACUUCAGGCUUUAACGAUCAAGAAGCUUGCCCAGGAUCCUGUUGGUGAUAUGCGUGAGAUUCUCGAAGAAACACUUACCAGGCAAUUGGCACAGCAGACCCCGCGUUUAUCGGAGGCGGAUGAGAUCGGUGCCGACAGCUUAAUGCUGCAGAUUGAUGGCCUGAAGAGCAUGUUGCGCCUCGCUGACGAGCGGGCAGAGUCUGAGUAUAAGCAGCGUCGGGACGCUACUGACUCUAUAUCUGAGCUCCAGCGUUUGCUCAAGCUGGCGGAGGAUGAUGCGGCGCGACACAUGGCUGCUGCCGAGAACGCCGAAGCCCGUUUCCUUCAAUUCAAGGAAGAAAAGAUUCCUCACCUCGAGAAGAUGCAAUUCAGAACCAAUGCUCUCGAUGAGGAGAAUGAAACACUCAAGGUUACCCUUGCCGAGUUGUCCUCGAAGAACAUUGCUCUUGAGGGAACCUUAGACGAGCACCGCGUUUCAAGCGACCAUCUCCGUCGUCAAUUGGAAACUGUCUCAAGCGAGAACAAGUCUCUCCACGAGACCGUUGACCAUCUUAGGACCCGCAUUGAAGACAGCAUGGCUGCUCGACAGAAUCUCACGGAGAAAUUCGACCGCCUUCAGGCCGAUAUGGUGACUGUCACCAGCGAUGUCACACGCGAGCAGGCUACCUGGCGCCGAAGGGAAGAGGAGCAGGCUGCCAAGUACAACGAACUGCGUGCCUCCAAUAACCGCGAGAUUAAGCUACGCGAACAGCUUGAGUUGGAAGUGGCCGAAUUUGAGAAACAGGAGAAGGAGGCUGCGAAGAUCAAGUUUAUCCACGAACAAUCCCAGCAAGAGAAUGCCAGGCUUGAGGACACCAUUUCCAACCUCCGUGCUGAAAACCAUGAGUUGCAGCUCAAGGCUGCCCGCUUUGAACGUGAAUUCAACGAGGCUCGUGAGAGCAGCCGCAUGGAAAUUCAACGGACCCGUACCUCGAUGGAGGCUGAUCUUGAGGCUUCUAACAGCCAGGUCAACAUCGUCCGUGCCGAACUGGAAGCCCAAAUCAUUCGUCUCCAAAGUCAAUUGGACAACGUCCGCAUGGAUGCCGAUACUUCCCGUGAGCGGUAUGAGCUGCUCCUCGAGGAAGCCAAUGAGUCCAAGGCCACUUCCCUCGCCGCCGCCAAGGAGUCCCGUGAGGUUGCUCUCGAAGACCAGCGUAAGACUCACGAGCGCGUCCUCAAUGAUCUCCGCGAGCGUCACGCCCGUGCCCUGCACAACUCGUCCGAAGAUCGUCAGCGUGGCGAGGCUCACAUGCUGGACCGCCUGGCACUAUCCGAUGACAAGGCUAAGCACCUGCAGGAUCGUGUACAGCACCUGGAAGAGAAGCUCGAGAUAGCGCAGUCGGCCGCCCGAGCUGCUGCCGAAGCAGCCCAAACUGCCAAAGCAGGCCCUGGCAUGUUCCAGGUCCCAGCACCAGCGACACACGCGACUUCGCCGUCCAUGUCCUUCAGCAAGGGAUCCCAAGAGCCUGAGAAGAUUUCUCCACAGGCUCUCCGGGAGUCAAUUCUAGUCCUUCAAGACCAGCUCCAGCAGCGCGAGACUCGCAUUGAAGAGCUUGAGCAGGAGGUUACGUCUGUGGACAAGGAUGCUCCUAACAAGAUUAAGGAACGGGACAGUGAGAUCAAUUGGCUCCGCGAGCUCCUAGGAGUGCGUAUCGAUGAUUUGCAGGAUAUCAUCAAAACUCUCUCACAACCUACGUUCAACAAGCAUGCUGUCCGUGAUGCAGCUAUUCGCCUGAAAGCCAACCUGCAAAUGCAACAACAAGAGCGGGAACGCGCCGUAUCCGGUAACGGUCGGCCCUCGCUCCCAUCGAUUUCUGAUCUCGCUGCAUCUCCGCGCUCGCUCCCCUUGGCAGCAGCGGCAGCUUGGGGCAAUUGGCGAAAGGGCCGUGACAGUGGCGCAGGAAGUGCGGAGCAGACUCCAUCCAAGUCGAGCAACGCGGGAACUUUCUUGUCGGGCCUCCUAACACCCCCGAGCUCCCACGUCCGACAGAAUGCACCCCUGGGGGCUGCCCCGAUUCGCUCGUACUCUGAAAGUCGACCGCUCAGAGGACUCACCUCGACGCCUCGCCGGGGCUCGGUUCGUCAGGAAGCGCCCAUCGCUGAGGCACCCAAGACUCCUCCACUCCUUCGUCGCUCGAGCUACGAUCACGAUGCUGAGCCCGCGAACUAUGAGGAUGGUGGCUUCACCGCUGAUGACAUUGAAUCUACUGUCGACGGCAUGGUCUCCGCGUCACCUAAGGACGCUGCCGACGAAGGCCCAUUCGGCCCCCAGAUUGCUGCCGUAGCAGAGGCAAUCGAGGAAGGAGUAGUGGAGUGA